AUGCUGGUGCGGUAUGCAGGAUUAAGAUGCUGUGGCAACGGCUACAUAUACGAUCAUAUCGCUGUUGACGGGUUGCCGUCGCAUUGCCAUGAUGCUGGUCUCGUGGCCGAAUUCGAUGCUUCAGGUCCUAAUACAAACGGAACGUGGUCUCAUUACCGUAUUGAGUCCCAGGGGAUACUUGGCCGAAACUUCAUUCCUAUCGAAGAUGAACCGACUAAAACCAUUGAUACGCUUGCGCAGCGUGAGGAAAACUAUUGGGCAACGACAGAGUGGCCUGUGGCGCACUGCUUAUUCACAUGGCGCAAACAAAUAAAGCUUCUUGGUCAACAUAUGAAGGAGCAUUCGAUCGAACCGUGGAAUACGAAAGAAGCGCACGUUAAACACUGUAGCGAGUAUAUCUGGAGUGUCAUCAGGCAGGGGCGGUCCUUAGAUGAAAUCACUACGUUCAUACCCGGAAACGGGCGUCAUAUGAACGAGUGA